ACUCUACAAAAACUCCGUGGCGUCAGCUGUGACUUGGUGCGAAGAACUUGCUAUCCCAGACCCAGUUUAAAGAGUGAUUUGACAUUUAGGUUUUUGUUUUACCGCACCUAAAUAUACUAGUCAUCAUGUCUGAUCCGGUUGUUUUCGUUUCUGCCGUUCGCACUCCAAUUGGCAGUCUGAAUGGAGUGUUGUCCACAGUGUCAGCCCAUGAUCUUGGAACCAUCGUUAUCAAGGAAGCCUUGCAGAGGUCAGGGGUCAGCGCCAGUGAUGUGUCAGAGGUCAUCAUGGGUCAAGUGUACACAGCAGGUCAAGGUCAGAACCCAGCCAGACAAGCCAGUGUCAAUGCAGGGAUACCAGUUGAGGUACCAGCAACUAAUGUGAACAUGCUGUGUGGCUCAGGUCUGAGGACUAUAGUACUAGGAGCACAGGCCAUCAUGUGUGGGGACUCAACCAUUGUGGUGGCAGGGGGGCAAGAAAGCAUGAGUCAGGCACCCCAUGCUGCACACCUUCGUAGUGGAAUGGCAUUCGGUGACAAACCAUUGGUAGAUUUGUUAGUGAACGAUGGACUGAUGGAUGCCUUCAAUAAUUACCACAUGGGAAUUACAGCUGAAAACCUUGCCAAGAAGUGGGAAAUCACCCGAGAGCAGCAAGACCAGUUUGCUCUUCAGUCGCAACUCAAAGCGGAGAAGGCCCAGACGGAAGGCAUCUUUGCAACAGAGAUCAUCCCCGUCCCGGUCAAGAGCCGCAAGACCACUGUAGAGGUCAGUGUGGACGAGCAUCCGAGGAAAGGGUCAACCAUCGAGGGGAUGGCUAAACUCAGAUCAUGUUUCAUCAAGGAUGCUACGGGAACCGUUACGGCAGGAAACGCAUCCGGAAUCAAUGAUGGAGCAGCAGCAGUGGUCCUCAUGAAGCUCUCGGAGGCCCAGAAAAGGGGUGUGGCACCCUUAGCGAGGAUAGUCUCAUGGGGCCAGGCUGGGGUGGAUCCCGCUAUCAUGGGGUCGGGUCCCAUCCCCGCUAUCAAGAAAGCGCUUGGGAGUGCAGGAUGGUCUAUUGGUGAUGUUGAUCUAUUUGAACUGAAUGAAGCCUUUGCUGCACAGUCUCUCACCGUCACAAAGGAGCUUGGGAUAGAUACUUCUAAGGUCAAUAUCUACGGCGGUGCCAUAGCCCUGGGCCACCCGUUGGCGGUGUCGGGUACCCGUAUCAUGGUCACCCUCCUCAACGGCAUGAAAAGGACCGGCGCCAAGAAGGGUCUCGCUGCUCUCUGCAUAGGGGGAGGAACUACUUUGGGCAUUGCAAUGUGUGUCGAAACCUUGUAGUCUAACAAAAUACCAUUCCAAACCAGGACCCCUGUCUUACAAAGACUUAUGAUUGAUCCACUCAGUCAUAACUCUAUGGAAAUCAAUUUCAUAAUUUUUUCUUC